AUGAAGUACAAAGCAAACAAUGGAGUUCCUAAUGAAGACAGCAAUCAAGAUAGAAGCUUUUCUAACGAAGACAGCAUUCAAAAUAGAAGUUCCACGUCAGCCAAAAAACGGCAAGAAUCAGAAGUCACGGAAGUACGUGCUCAGAUUAAGACAGCAGUAAAUGUCCUAAAAAAUCUCUCCGGCCGACCACGAACUGAAGUGGACGAGGUAGACUUAUACUGUCGACUACUGGCCAAAAAAAUUAAAAAAAUUAAUGAGCAACAAAGGGAGGUUAUAAUGUACGAUAUAGACGAACUUAUUUAUCAGAAGCGAAAUGAGUCUUACUUAAAUAUUAAGAGCCCUGCUCGUAGCAGCACUUACUUCUACGUAAGGUCUACCCGAGAUUCCGUGCGUUAUGCACCUACACCAUCCCCUUCACCUCAAGUGAUGCCAAGCCCGUCAUAUCACGUUGCUGAUGAUUAUAGUGAUUAUAUAGUUGUAUCACCAAAUCACAGCCAAGCAGAAUAUGUGACAGGUUCAUCCACCUCCCCCACAUCUACUCCAAAGGUGACAAUUAUAUCAAAUGACAUUAUCUCUCAAGCAUUUACUCUUUUUCAGUUACAAAAUAAGAAUUGA